AUGGCCGGAAGCAAAGAGGAACCAAAAGUGUAUGAUGAGAGUGUAUUUGAAGACUCUCAAACUUCUGGCAAUAGUCUGGUGGCUUUACACAAUACGUAUCUCUUGAUGCGAUUCCACACAUCCCCCAUUCUAUACCCGGCUUCACAGCCUUUGAGCCCUUCGCGUCUCACUUCUAUUCCGACCCUUCCAUCUAUCCUUCUUGCCAGUCACUUUACCAGCAUCACAUCAGGACAGUCCUCAGACGGAGAAACACCUUUAAAGAGAAAUUAUACAAGGAAGAUCCUCGAAGAAAGUGCAAGGAUAAUCAAGGAUCUGGAUGCAAAUCACUUGGUGACGACAGGAGCCGAAGGGAAGAAUGGAAAGGAUUGGAAAUGCGCAAGUGCAGCGAUAUUG